AUGGCGGGCAAAAAAGACAUUCAGGAUUUAUCUGAUUGGGAGUUAUUGAAUGAACUUAAGUCUUUAGGUUUGAAAGUUGGGCCGAUUAGCCCAACUACCAGAAGGAUAUAUGAGAAAAAGCUGUCUAAAGUUCGUGGCUACGAUGUUGUUGACAAUACUCGGGAAGAUCGGAAUACACGUGCGGAUGCACUGGCUGACGAAAGUACGAAGUUGACCAAUGCUGUUACUGAUAAUUGUACUUCGAGAGCUUUGGAAAGUCCUGCCGUUUUUUAUGGUGUCUGUUGUGACUUGGUUCGUUCGUCUUCUGAAAGUGGAUUACCAGCUCCGGCCGUGUUUAUAAGCAAAGAAGAAGCUCUAAAAACAGUGAAGAAAUUCAAAGGUGCUCGCUUCAAAGGUUUCAAGACCAGAGAUGAAGCAGAAUGUUUUUCUCGAUCGCGAUCAAAUGAACAAGAAACUUCUUUAGCUGUAAUGAAUUCUUUGUCAGCUUCUCCUGCAGAUCCUGUAAGCAAAUUUAAAGGACCAACACCACAGGAGUUGAUCAAAUUUCGUAAAAUUAUUGAAAAGGGCUCAAGGGACGAAUUUCUGGAGAUGGUAUUAAUUAAUCCUAGAUACUUGAUUGGUCCUGGUGAUACACCAGUGAUCUUACAAGAAGGGUUCCGCUAUAAUGCCCUUCACGUGGCUGUGAAAAAUAACAGAAAGGAAAUGUGUCAGGUGAUUAUUGAUACACUAGAAAGUCAGUCCUUUUGGAACAUUCUUUUAAAUCAAGAGUCUGAGUCUGUGGUAAAUAACCAAAGGAAACAGUUUUUAGUCGACAUGUACCUCAAUAACCCAGACAAAGGGGUGAGUAUCUGUUAUAGUAUUAGACGACACAGUAUGGACAGCACAGCUGUAGCCAAAUAAAUUUUAAUGUGUGGCGAUAUUUCACAUCAUGCCACCUGUUGUUAUAAUGUUGCCAACCAGGGGCUCAUUGGCCCUUGAAACAAUGGUUUCUUUUGUCUGUGGUUGGCACAUUUGAAAAAAAAAAAACAAUGUUUACAAACAAGAAGUAUCACCAUAGUAAUUUUAGCCAUAUACAUUUAAGUAAGCCAUACACAAGAAACUUCAAAAUUUUCACUGGCCUUAGGCCUGCAGGCUCCAUUAUUAGGCUGAUUUAGCAACAGAACGGGAAUGUCAUUUGACGACGGGAAAGCGCACAGAAAGGACUAAACUUGACUUCCGGUGCCUAAUUUGCUGGCAUUCUGCCAUCGGUCAAGCCAAUUGUUUGAUUUGUGCACACCGUCGUCAACUGACGUUCCCGUUCUGUUGCUAAAUCAGCCUGUUACUAGCCGUGGUCCCUGCAUGGGCUUGUCUGUCUUGGUAGCAGAGAUUUGGGCAAGUGAUUGAUGAUCUGGAAACCAGGCUUAUGUUUGCCAGCGAUUAGCUGCCAGGUUUUGUCAAUCAUUAUUAUCAUCUCGGAGUGGGGUACUCCUUUGAAUCUACUAUGGAGGUGUGCUGCUGAGUCUAUGACUCACUGCACCUGUUCUAGAAAAGAGGGAUUUAUUUGCAACCCUGUUCCAGAAAAUAAUAUUAUUGCAAAAAUAGGAAUGAUGUUCCUGUCGCUGGCUCAGUGAUAAAAAUGAGGACAUACCUAUAUAUCUCACCUUACAUGGGAGUACCUCCCCCACUUGGGUUUGCACCUAAGGUUGAUUGUGAAAAAUUAGGGACUAUGGGAAAAAAAACCCUUUUCCAGAGUCAAACUGAAAUAGCAUAUACCCCUUUUGCAGAUGUAAAGGGUGAUUUUUAUACCCUUUUCAGAGUCAGAAACCAUACCCUGUUGAGUAGCACACGCUUGUAUAGUCCAUUUAUGGGAGUAGCCCCCCAACCCCUUGGGAUUAUGAUGCACAUUGCCAGUACCCAUAUACACUUGGGUGAAGUGGAGUGGAGCAAAGUUUCUCAAUUAAGAAAAACAAUUAAGGCUUGAACCCAGACAGAGAGUUCAGAGAUCUGAAGUAGGCGGUGUUAUCCACUCAGCCAGAACACCUUCACAUAUUCAGCCCUGGCCAGUAGAGUACUGAAGUGUGAUGUCUUAAAAAAUUAAAUUUGUGAAAUUAUGAGAUUCGUCAGGAUAUGCUGAAAGGAAAACAUCCAAGAGGCCUACUGGCCAAAAACUGGCACUCUGAGAUAUUAGCCCAGUUAUGCUCUUAUAACUCCAUACAUAUCCUUCUAAAUUUGACUUGGGUCAUAACGUUAUGGCCCAAGUCAAAUUUAUUAACGCCAGUUUGGUUCAUGGGCCAUUAAUGUGUUAAUGGUUUUUUAUCUCAUGAAUUUAACUGGCCAGAAAUGAUACGUGACCGAGCUAAAAUGAAUUUUGCCAGUCAUCGUGUCAGGAGACUCUUCGGGAAAUUAUUUUGAGCCUUGUAGUCCUUCUGUGUAGAGCACCAAAAAGACUAAAAAAAAUAUGCUAUUAUUAAAGAACAGUCAACAAUGGCCACCAAAAUCAUAUGAUCAAGAUAUCUACAAA